CGUCACCGAAUGUUGUUGUUGGUGGCGGGGCCGGAGGGAGCGAGCGCAGCCAGCUGCAAAGAUGGAGGAGAGGCGGAGCGGGCGCUGGUGGCGCUGAAGGAGCCGGAGCGGGGGGCAGCCGCAUCCCUGGCGGAGGUGGGGCAGAGCCAGCGCAGGGAGGGGGCCCCGAGCCCGGCUGGGCCCAGCUGCAGCCACCCCCCCUCUGUGUCCCCCCCCCCCGGGCAGCAGCGCUGCAGCAGGGCUCCGCCGACGGGCCGGCCACGAGGGAUGCCUGAGACCCUGGGCUGGCGAUAGGACUGCAGCCAGCCACGCCUCCGGGGAACGCUGUCAGACGCCCGCCAACCCGCUUGCUUCCCAAAGACCCUUCGCCGACCGGUCUCUGGCCAGGACGCCGCCCGCCUACCGGACAACAUGAACUCCCAGAACGAGUCAGAUGGGGUAUCCGGACGCGAGCAGUCUCUGGAGCUCCUUUCGCGGACUCAGAUCCAUGGCCUUCCCGUGGCAGCGGUCGACGUGAAGCCGGCGCUGCCCGUGGCCAUGCCGAACUCCUGCGGCGCCGGCGGCCCGGCGGCCCUGCGGCCGGAGGCCCGGGGCGGCGCGCCCAGCGUGGACCCCGCCCUGCGGGAGCAGCAGCUGCAGCAGGAGCUGCUGGCCCUGAAGCAGCAGCAGCAGUUGCAGAAGCAGCUGCUCUUCGCCGAGUUCCAGAAGCAGCACGAGCACCUGACGCGGCAGCACGAGGUCCAGCUGCAGAAGCACCUCAAGCAGCAGCAGGAGAUGCUGGCCGCGAAGCGGCAGCAGGAGCUGGAGCAGCAGCGAAAGCGGGAGCAGCUGCGGCAGGAGGAGCUGGAGAAGCAGCGGCUGGAGCAGCAGCUCCUCAUCCUCCGGAACAAGGAGAAGAGCAAAGAAAGUGCGAUCGCCAGCACAGAAGUGAAGCUAAAGCUCCAGGAGUUCCUCCUCAGCAAGUCAAAAGAGGUGACGGCAGGCAGCUUCAACCAUUCCCUCCCACAGCACUCCAAAUGCUGGGGAGCCCAUCAUACCUCGUUGGACCAGAGUUCCCCUCCCCAGACAGGCAGCCCGGGAACACCACCCUCCUACAAACUACCCCUACUCGGCACAUACGACAGCAGAGAUGACUUUCCGCUCCGGAAAACCGCCUCGGAACCCAACUUAAAAGUGCGCUCGCGGUUAAAACAGAAGGUGGCCGAGCGCAGGAGCAGCCCCCUGCUGCGGAGGAAAGACGGGACCGUCAUCAGCACGUUCAAAAAGAGAGCCAUCGAGAUCACGGUCUCCUCUGUGUGUAACAGUGCCCCAGGGUCCGGUCCCAGCUCCCCGAACAGCUCCAAUAGCACCAUCGCUGAGAAUGGCUUCGCUGGCUCUGCCCCCAACAUCCACACCGAGCAGCUGCUCCCCCAGCACAGAGCCCUGGCAAUGGACGGGUCCGCUAGCCAGCUCAGCCUCUAUACCUCCCCGUCACUGCCCAACAUCUCCCUGGGACUGCAGGCAACGGUCACCGUGACCAACUCGCACCUCAACGCUUCCCCGAAGCUCUCCACCCAGCAGGAGGCGGAGCGCCACGCCAUCCAGUCGCUGCGCCAGGGCGGGGCCCUCACGGGCAAGUUCAUGAGCACCUCGUCCAUCCCCGGCUGCCUGCUGGGGGUCGCCCUGGAGGGCGAGACCAACAGCCACGGGCACGCCUCCCUGCUGCAGCACGUGCUGCUCCUGGAGCAGGCCCGCCAGCAGAGCACGCUGAUUGCCGUGCCGCUCCACGGCCAGUCCCCGCUGGUGACGGGCGAGCGCGGCUCCACCAGCAUGCGGACGGUCAGCAAGCUGCCCCGGCACCGCCCGCUGAGCCGCACCCAGUCGUCCCCGCUGCCCCAGAGCCCCCAGGCCCUGCAGCAGCUGGUCAUACAGCAACAGCAUCAGCAGUUCCUGGAGAAGCAGAAACAACAGCAGCAGAUCCAGCUUGGCAAGAUCAUCACCAAGACGGGCGAGCUGCCCCGCCAGCCCACCACGCACCCCGAGGAGACGGAGGAGGAGCUGACGGAGCAGCAGGAGGCGCUGCUGGAGGACAGGGUGCCCCUGGGGCCGGUGGCCUUGGUGGUGGACGGCUCGCCGGAGAGCGAGAGCACGCAGGACGAGCUGGAGGAGGACGAGGGCGGCGAGCCGGUGAAGGACGACGGGGGCGCGAGCGGGGAGGAAGAAGAGCCCAUCGACUCACCGGAGGUGGAGGAGCUGGGCGUGGCUUACAAGCAGGUGUUCCCAGACGCUCAGCAGCUGCAGCCCAUCCAGCUCUUCCCAGCUUCCCUGACAAUUGCCACCCUGCCUCACCAAGCGCUGAGCCGGACCCAGUCCUCGCCCGCCACCGCGGGCAUAAAGACCACUACGGCUGAACCCCCGGUCAAACACCUAUUCACUACCGGCGUGAUCUACGACACGUUCAUGCUAAAGCACCAGUGUAUGUGCGGGAACACUAACAUUCACCCAGAGCAUGCUGGGAGAAUCCAGAGCAUCUGGUCCAGGCUCCAGGAGACCGGCUUGCUGAGCAAGUGUGAGAGGAUCCGGGGCAGGAAAGCGACACUGGAUGAAAUCCAGACGGUCCAUUCGGAGCAUCACACGUUGCUCUACGGAACCAGCCCCCUCAACCGGCAGAAACUCGACAGCAAGAAGCUGCUAGGUCCCAUCAGCCAGAAGAUGUAUGCGGUCCUGCCCUGCGGCGGCAUCGGGGUGGACAGCGACACGGUGUGGAACGAGAUGCACUCGUCCAGCGCCGUCCGCAUGGCCGUGGGCUGCUUGGUGGAGUUAGCCUUCAAGGUGGCAUCGGGAGAGCUCAAGAAUGGAUUCGCCGUCAUCCGGCCCCCGGGACACCACGCGGAGGAAUCGACGGCCAUGGGCUUCUGCUUCUUCAAUUCCGUCGCGAUCGCUGCCAAACUCCUCCAGCAGAAGCUAAGCGUCGGCAAGAUCCUCAUUGUGGACUGGGACAUUCACCACGGCAACGGCACCCAGCAAGCCUUCUACAGCGACCCCAACGUGCUCUACAUCUCCCUGCAUCGCUACGACAAUGGCAACUUCUUCCCAGGCAGCGGGGCCCCCGAGGAGGUUGGCAGCGGGAUGGGGGUGGGGUACAACAUCAACAUAGCCUGGACGGGCGGAGUGGACCCCCCCAUCGGAGACGUGGAGUACCUGGCCGCGUUCAGGACGGUGGUGAUGCCGAUAGCCAACGAGUUCUCCCCGGACGUGGUCCUGGUCUCUGCCGGCUUCGACGCAGUCGAAGGACACCUGUCUCCCUUGGGCGGCUACUCCGUCACGGCGAAAUGUUUCGGACACCUGACCAAGCAGCUGAUGAAGCUGGCUGGCGGGCGCGUGGUGCUGGCUUUGGAGGGAGGACACGACCUGACAGCCAUCUGCGACGCCUCAGAAGCCUGUGUCUCCGCCCUGCUUGGCGUGGAGCUGGACCCCCUGGAUCAAGCUCUCCUGCAGCAAAAGCCAAAUGUAAAUGCCGUGGCCACGCUGGAGAAGGUUAUUGAAAUCCAGAGCAAACACUGGAGCUCUGUGAACCGCUGUGCCUCAGUGGUCAGUUGUUCCUUGCUGGAGGCGCAGAAGGGAGAAGCCGAGGAGGCAGAGACAGUAAGUGCCAUGGCAUUGCUCUCGGUCGAUGCCGAACAAGGAAGCACAGACUGCAGCCCCAGACAAGUGGAGGAGCCGAUGGAGGCGGAGCCUGUUUUGUGAAGUGCCAAGCCGUCGUGGAGCUGUCACUUUUUUGUGGGUUUUUUGGUCAUUUGUGAUUUCGUUCCCCCUCCCCCCCCCAAAAAGGAAUUUUUUUCUAUUAAAAA